UUAUUAUUUUAAAACCAUCGAUGUAAUAUCGAUAAUGUUGUAAAUUAUCGGUGCUCUUAGAUUUUCAAUACUUUUGUAUCCAUCCCUUCUGAAUUUAUUGAGCGUAUUAUGUUAUCUGUCUGUUAAUAGAGGUCGUGAUUGUGCCCAUAUCGACAGCUGUUGGAGUCUCAUAUUUCGUUUUUUAAUGCAAACUAAUCGCGCAAUAAACCAAAACAGUUCCAUCACAAUAUAAACAAAUUGAACGAGAAAUGUGAUUUAGAUAAAAAUGAAAAACACGUAUGCUGUGUGCAAGUGCUUGCAGGAAAGUUGCGUCCACCGCUGUUAAGUAGCAGUACAAGCAAAUGUUAAAUGCUUUGGUUACGCUGUUAGCACUGCUGUUAAAACGGAAAUAAAUGCGUGGUGUGUGUUGUUGUCUUUGUGUCGCGUUUAAUUUUAUUAAGAAGCAAAACCAACCACUAAAAAUUGCUACGAAGUAAUCAAGAAAAAAAUAAAAGGUUAACAACACUCGGCGAUAAAUGCAUGCGUCGUAAUCACUGAGCGCUCGAUUUUCUUCGAGUAUUUUUGUCAACUCAAAACGUAGACACAACCUACAUACAGUUUAAAUAACAGCAACAACUACAACGAAAGAAAACAGAACAGCAACAACACAACAGUAUGUACAACAACAGCGCAAGGGGCUUCUCCAUACACGACGCAUUCGAGGAGGAGGAAGAGGAGGCGAUACGCGUCUAUGGCUCCACAGUGAUAUCAACGCCAAUGCGCGGUGGCGUUAGCGGCAGUGCAAAACAAGGUCGCUCCACCGAAGAUGUUUCCAUACGCAUACAGGAUCCAAAGGGCUACAACAAGUAUGCGGAAGACACAACGUCAAGGGACAGUGACUCGCUAAUACAGGAAUAUGGCAAUCUGCCCACGGAGGAGACAAACACAUACUGCUGGCGGCAUCCGAAGGUGCGGGAGAAUUGGCGCACUGUCCUUGCCGCCUUUACGCUGCUGGUGGUGGGCACCGGUCUGUUUGUGAUGGGAACGUUUGCCAUCGCCGAUCCACACAAUACAUCACAGGGUGUUGUAUUUUUUGUUGCUGGACUCAUUUGCUUUAUACCGGGCGCCUAUCAUGUCGUCUACAUUUGGCUGGCGGCCAAAGGAUAUCGAGGGUUUGACUUUUAUCACCUGCCACUGUUUACAUAAGCAGUCGGGAAGAUGCAAAUCGCAUUGUCGCAUUGGUAGAUCCAAUUCAAACCAGUCGUGUCGUGUCUGUGUCUGUCUAUAUACAUAAUUAUAUAUUUAUAUAUAUUUACCAACUGAUUUUCAAUCUCGAAAAGUGUCCCUCUUUAUUAUUUUGUUGAUUUCAAUACGCAAUUCGAAUACUAGCAAUAAUGUAUGUAUGUUUGUAAUUUUUUAUACAAUUAUUUUUGUUGUAAUUACUAUAUAUACUCGAUAGAAAGCGUUUGGUAUAUCCUCAAAAGUGCAAAAGAUACGUAUGAUAAACAAAAAACAAAAACAAAACAUUCGAAAUUUAUUUAAAAUAUAAUAACAAAAACAUAACGAAAGACUUUGUAUAUGAUGCUAAAUGUUGGGCGCGCGUUAGUGUUAAAAAAUAAACCACUUAAAUUGUAAUUUAUUGAAAUUUAAUUGCACCAAAAAAAAGGCAACAAAACAAAAAAAAAAAACUUCAACAAAAUCGAAGAAAGCUAACGAAAUGUUUUACGAUUUUCGAACACGAAUCUAUAUGAAUAAAAGUGUAAAACUAAAAAGGAUAAUUCAUAAAUCUAUGUAUAUGAUUAGGAAGCGUUCGUUCGAUAAGGACGCGCCUUAAAUACUUAGUAUAUAGAGAUACAGAUAAUCUUAUUUAACAAAUUGUAAUGAGAAUUCUUUAAAGGAACAACUUAUUUAAAACAAAAAAUAAAACCAAAAGAGAAAUCUAUUAGUGAUGUAAGUGAAAAGCGCUGCUAUUGCAAUAUAUACGUUUUUUUAUAGCUCUAAAA